AUGCGCUCCGCAAUCUUCCACGUCCUCGCCAUCGCCGGCACCGUCUACGCCGCCGAUGCUCCUGCAGCAUAUGGCGAGGCCUCCACUGCUGAGGAGUACCCAGGUGCCGUCACUCAGAUUGACGAUGGCCAGAUUCAAGCUCCGACUGGUUCAUACGACCUGCCAUCCCCCACCACGUCCGCCGUGGUAGAGACAAGCGCAGUCGAAACAACAUCGGCCGUCGAAGCUCCACCCGCAUACUCCAGCGUCGAGAUCUCGUCCUCCACGGAAGCUGCUCCAGUUUCUUCCGCCUCGGCCUCGAGCGUUCCAGUGCCCGUCGUGGCAGUCACAUCUGCACCAGCUGUCACUACCAGUGUUUCCGUUGUGACCACCGCACCAGUAGUCGCCAACUCGACCGCUCCAUACCCAACCGGCUCCGGCAACACCACGACACUCGCAACAUCCGCAUCGACCAUCACCACGACCGAGUCCAAGUCCGCCAGCUCGACCGAGGCUGAUGCCGUUGGUGGCUCGACCUCUCCAGCUGCUGCCACGCAGACCGGCGCCGCUACUGCCAUCCAGUUCUCCGCUGGCUUUGCCGCCAUUGCUGGUCUCUUCGCUUUCCUUGCUUAA